AUGUUUGGUGCAGAACAAACUGGAAAAAAGAAUACUGUGAAACAUUUGAGACAAAACUCAGCAAGCACAAGGAAUGGCAGGAAGCAAAAACAAAGCAUUACCUUGCUAAAAAAAACAACAAAAAGGAAAUAUGUGCAAUAUGUGUUUUCUGAAAAUGAAAUUCCACCUCUGAUCGAAGAUGAAACCCCUUUCACUUUACCUGAGCCAAAAUUCGAAGACUUCGAUAGUUUUUAUCGACGAAACCAAAUGAAUCAAACACCCAAUCAUUUCAAAAAAGAAGAAAUACGAGGGUUUUUACAAGUAUGUCAAUUAAUGAGUAUUGCUCCAAUUCCAAAUUAUGCAAACUAUUGGACAGGAUCAGGUAUGGAUCAUGCACUGUAUGCAUGCAAGCUAAUCCAGAGAGUUAUGAGUAGAAGAAGGUUCCAAGAAAUUCAUACGUUUCUCAGUAGUGAACCACAAAUAAUUGAGGACAAAAUCAAUUCUAACAGUAGAAAAUAUUGGUUGUGCGUUAGAGAAGAUUCGGUUGAUGAAAUAAUUGCAGCAUUCAAGGGAAAAGUUCGAUUCAAGCAAUACAUUCCCUUAAAACCUCACAAGUAUGGGCUGAAACACUAUGCGUUAUCAGAUUCAACAGGAUAUAUUUAUGCAUUUUGGUUGUAUCAAGGAAAAGAGUCCAGGUACACCCAUAACCCAACUUCUAUCGUUUUAGAUUUAGUAGCGCAUAUAUCUCCAGAAAAUCACAUUUUGGGCGUGGAUAAUUAUUAUGGGUCGUUAGAACUUGCUACUAAACUCUCUGCAAAAGGAUGGAGGUUUGUUAUGACAGUGAAGGGAAACAGACCAACAUUUUUGUUUAAUGAGGGUUUGCAAAAAAAGCUACCAGGAACUAAAACAAAACAGUGGAUUCAUGCGGUCAACAAGGAAAAAAACUUUGGUUGCGGUGUCUCUGAAUGA